CUAACAUAUAAAAGCAAGUCGUUUUGCAUAACGGUACCAGCCGCAACGAUCAUGAGCAGCACAACCAUCUACGUUCAGGGUGCCCCAGUCACCAUGGGUGUCAAUCGCCAAGGAAACUUCUGGUGCAGCUUCGUUGACGGUAGCGGGAACACUAGCUAUCACUACCAAAACCAGAACGGAAGCACUUACAGCCGUCAAUCCGACGGCUCGUCGUUCUACAACGACGGGCAAGGGUUUUCUCUUCACACCCCGGCUCCAGCUGCGGUUAACUCUGUCGCAUUGACUGCUCAGCCUGGUCCCCAAUUGUCUUGAAAAUAUCUAAUGGCUCAUUAUACGCCAUACAUCGAUGUAUUAGCCAAUUUAUACAGCCCGAAAUACGAUCUGAUAUUGGUGUUGCGUUGACGCAGGUAUGAUUAAAGAGCCUGUCCGAAUAAUAGGAAUACACG